ACAGGAAGGGGAAGUCACUUUUUAACAAACUAGUCAUGUAAAAGCACAGAAGUCAUUUGUCACUUGUUGUAUAAACAAAAAAAAAAGGCUUCAGACAGACAGAAGAUGUUCGGCGGAGACGAUGAAGACGGAGACUUUCUGUCCCCUACAGGAGGGGCCAAGUUAGCCUCCCUGUUUGGACUGGACCAGGAGGGCAGUCAGGGGAACGAGUCCUUCCAGUACACAGCACCCAAACAGCCGAGAAAGAGCUCCAAUUCAGCACCAGCCUCUCAGAAACCAGCUCCACCUCCUGGAGCUCCUGCAGUGUUAUUCGCCACAGCGGUUCAAGCGUUCAGAUAUAUUAAUGGACAGUAUGUGAAGCAGGGAAAGCUUGGAGCAGCUGUACUGGGCAACCACACAGCUAAAGAGUACAAGCUGCUUCUGUACUUGAGCCAACAGAAACAAGUGACCGCUGCCAAGAUUCAUGUGGGCUUUGUUUUCACGGUACAGCCAAACAAUUAUUGCACUUUUUAUGAUGACCAGAGGCAGAACUGGUCCCUGAUGUUCGAAUCAGAGAAAGCUUCAUCGGACUUCUGUAAAGAGGUGUGUUUGGUGAAAGCGAACAGCACAGUCUCCUUAGAUGCUGUGGUGGUUCAGGAUCUGAGUCUGGGUGAAGGUCAGGCGGUGGAGAAUGGAGACUCUUUGGAGGUGGUGUACACAGGCUGGCUCCUGCAGAACCAUGCCAUCGGACAGAUGUUUGACUCCAACCAGAACAAGGACAAGUUGCUACGACUGAAACUUGGAGCUGGAAAAGUGAUCAAAGGCUGGGAGGAAGGAAUGCUCGGGAUGAAGAAGGCAGGCCGUCGCCUCAUUGUCAUCCCACCUCACCAAGCUUACGGAUCCAAGGGAGUCCCCAACCGUGUCCCGGCUAACAGCACUCUUAUUUUUGAAGCAGAGCUUCGACGGGUGAAGUUUUCCAAGGACAAUGGGUCUAUGAGUGCCAGCAGCAGCUCCAGAGACUCUGCUGCCCCCUCCCCUGUUCCUUCCCCAGCCCCCAGUGUGGAGAAUCUGGCCCCAGAGCCCCCAGUGCAGAUGACUGCCUCCGGUCCAGGCAGACCAGGGGAGCCACCACUUCGUGCAAAGUCAAACUCACUCAGUGAACAGUUAGCAAAUCCAGAUGCCACAAAAGCCAAGCUGAUUUCCCGCAUGGCAAAGAUGGGCCAGCCCAUGUUGCCCUUUCUGACAGGAGCAGCCAGCCAGCCUGAAUCCAGUGACUCUGAUCUCCAGGACACCAGUGGCAGCAGAGCGAAGGAUCGGCCUGUGGCUCCAUCUCCAGUGCAGAUCUCCACUGCAGCUCCAGCUUCAGCAUAUGUACAUCCUCAUCCUCACACUGCUCCACCUUCUGCCUUACUGCCUGUGAUGACCAGCGUUGCCCCACAGCCUGGGCUGUCAGGCAGCAGCAAUGCCUUUCAGCCUUACUCCUACACACAGACCUCUGUGGCUCCAUCUCAGCUGCAGCCUGUUGGCCAGGUCUUCCCUACACACACUGUCCCAUACAUGGGUUCCAGUGAUGUGACUUCCUUCUUGAUGACUGAAGCCCGACAACACAACACGGAGAUCCGCUUAUCUGUCGGAAAAGUAGCAGAUAAAGUGGAUCAGCUGGCCUCCAAGAUAGAUGACCUUCAAAGGCAGGGAAGUCUCUCCAUGGCUGUUCCCAGUAUGUCAAUGGAAACCUCCAUGAUCAUACACAACAUCCAAAGAAUUGUCCAGGAAAAUGAAUGUUUAAAAAAGGAAGUGUUUGAGAAGAGCUCUCGCAUUGAGGAGCAAAACCGAAAGAUCGGGGAGCUAAUCAACCAGAAUCAGAGGUACAUGGAGCAGAGUCACCUGCUGCUGGAGCAAAGGAACAACUCCCUCAAGUCAACCAGUGAACAGAACCAGGCCAGACUACUGCAGGCUGAGCAGGACAAGGUUCGUCUGACAGAGGAUCUGGCAUUGUCCACAGCACAGCUGUCGGAGCUGCAGCUAAAAGCUACAGCUCAGCAGCAGAAGGCCAUGGAGCUGCAGGGGAAACUGAGCUCAGCGUUGCAGGACAGUGAGAGGCACUGCCAGCGCAUCGCCGCCCUGGAGCCACAGCUGGAAGAGCUGAAGGAGGCAGCCGAGCAGGCCCAGGCUCAUUACCGUGCAGAGAAGCAAAGACGCAAAGAGAUGGAACUGAGAGUCAACAACAUGGAGGAGGAAGUGCAGGACCUCAAGACUGAUAAAGAGAGCCUGGAACGAACCCUUUCGGACAGGAAGAAGAAGUGGCAGGCAGAGCGUCAGCGUCGGGAUGAGGAGGUGGAGGAGCUCCGUAAGAGCAGCCAGCAGGAACUAGAUAAUGUCAGAGCUCAACUUCGUAAGGCCAGGACCAGCACUGACAACGCUGCGUCUGAUCAGUUGUCUCAGCUGCAGGCGGAGCUGGAGGACGAGUGGAAGGGGAAGUGUGAGCAGAUGUUGGCCUCUGUUAAAGAGCAGCACAGCAGAGAGCUGGCUGAGCUAACGGAGCAGAGAGAUGCUCUGCUGGACAAGCUAACCCAGCUACAGGAGAAGUUUGCGGUUCUGAAGCAAUCGAGAGAAUCAGAGGAGCAGACUUUGCUACAACACCAGGGGCAGACUGAAGAGCUGCAGACCCUUCAGGAAAAAUAUACAGUGCUGGAGCAGCAGGAGGUAGCUGUGAGGGAGAAGCUGGAGAGGAGAGUGGCUGAACUGGAGAGGAAACUGGCAGAGCAAGAGAGUUCAGGAGACACUUCAGCUGAGGUAAAGCGUGUGAUGAACGGAGUGUUUCAUUCUCUGCGGGGAGAGUUUGACCUCAGUGAGUCUUACAGUGGCCAGGCAGUGCUGGGAGUCAUUGUCACCACCAUUAAGAAUGUAACCUUGCAGCUGCUCAGUGGAGCAGACAGAUCUGCACUGAGAGCAAGGAAGAAGGAAGAGGAGGCAGAGGAAGAGGAGGAAGAAGAAAGUAAUGAUGUGAGACAGCAACAGGAGACUGUACAGAAUGUCCAUGUGAAUGGUGACAGAGAAGUCAAAGAGGAAGAAAAAGAGGAAGAAGAACAUAAAGCUGAGUCUCACCAAGUCAGUGAGACGGAGAUGGAAGAGGAAGUAGCAGGAGAGAAGGAGACAGAGUCAGUAACAGAGACACAAAGCCAGGAGGAGUUAUCAGAGGACACUGAUCUCAGUCCUGUCUCUCCAUCUGAGCUCAAAGUGCAGAAGACAGCAGAGUGUGAAGGACAGCAGGAGCAGGCAGGACACUCUGCUCUUGAAAACUCUCCCGAGGAAACAAAGAUCAGCAAGUGUGCAGAUUCAGAUGAUGAACCUGAUGAGAGUUCACCGCCUGAAGAUGGACAGGACACUGUUUCAGAGAGGAAAGAUGCAGUGAGCGGCGAGGUGGACGAUGGAGAGCUUGGAGGAGAACAGCACGCUGCUUCACAGGGAGCUUUCGGACCCCCGGCCAACCCACCUCCACCACCGCAUGCACCACCCAGCAGCUCAGGAGAGGACACCAGUGUGACUGGGGAAACAGGUGGGGGAAUAGGUGAGGAAAACGGAGAGGAGCCAUUUUUCCAGAUCACAACUCCUGCCAAACUCCCAGUCGCAGCCAGCGAGGAGGAAGAGGAGGAAGAGAUGAGCUUGAAGGGCCGCCCCCCCCCUGCCCCUCUCUUUGGGGAUGAUGAGGAUGAUAAUGAUCUGGACUGGCUGAACUGAGAUGGAACCAGAAUAAUAAAAAAAAGGUGUGCUUCUUCAUUUCAACAGUAACGGCAGGCACAAGGUGCUUCAGCAGCUGCGUCUGGCUGCAGGAGUCAGAGCAGUUAGCGUGGCCACAGAGGCCUCGGCUGGUGACCCCGGCGGGACGGAGAGGCUCCUCACCUCUGUGCUGUCCCGCUGACUCUCAGCUGCUGUUCCAGCAUCUUAUUCAGUUUGAAAUAGCAAGUCUUUCAUUCACAGAAGAAUCCACACAAAUACUCUUCAUUCAUGAUGUAACAUCUGUUGGUGAUGUAAUUUAAUCUUAAAUUUUUACUUGGCACUGUAGCACAUCAGGUUGUUGGAUCAGUAAUUCUCUUUGUUUUAAUUAUUAGCUCGCUGCUUUAAGAAUAGAACUUUUACACAAUUUUGCUAACCUGAAAAUAAAUGAUAUGAAAAUUA